CUUUUUUUUUUUUUUUCGCUCUCCCAAUUCAACCUGCUUAUAUCACUAUUUCCACCGUUUCAUAAAUGACAGACAGUGCCAACGCACAGCGCCAGCGGGCCACUGUAGCCAUAGGCGACUAUGAGCUUGGCCCGCAAAUAGGCCGAGGGUCGUUUGCCACCGUGUAUCGUGGAGUCAACAAGAAGACAGACACGCUGGUGGCAAUAAAGUCGGUGGUCCGGUCUUCGCUAACGCGCCGGCUGUUGGAGAAUCUGGAGACAGAAAUAAACAUCCUGCGGACCGUCAAGCACCCAGGCGUGGUCGAGCUAAUCGACUGCCUGAAAUCCCGCAACCACAUCCACCUGGUGAUGGAGUUUUGUUCGCUGGGCGACCUCGCCGGCUACAUGCGGCGGCGCAAAGAGCACCCCUCGCUGCGCAACCCCCACGGUGGUCUGAACCAGGCUAUUGUGCGGCAUUUUGUGGUGCAGUUGGGCGCAGCCAUGCGGUAUCUGAGAUCGCGCGACGUCAUCCACAGAGACAUCAAGACCCAGAACAUCCUGCUGCAGCCGUCGGGCACUACAUAUGAGGCCGGCGUGUCUGAGGAGAUGGGGCAGUACCCGGCAGUGAAGAUUGCCGACUUCGGGUUCGCUAGGAAUCUGCCAGCAAGUGCGCUGGCGGAGACUCUGUGCGGGUCGCCGCUGUAUAUGGCACCGGAGAUCCUGCACUACGAGCCGUAUGAUGCCAAGGCAGACCUGUGGUCAAUCGGUGCAGUCAUCUACGAGAUGAUGGCAGGCCGGCCGCCAUUCCACGCCAGCAACCAUGUAGAGCUGGCCAGAGUCAUCGAACGCACCAACGACAAGAUUGUGUUUCCCGACGAGCGCCUGUCCACCAGCGGCAGCAACGAGAAGGAGCCGCUGGAUCCGCAGCUGAAGGAGCUGGUGCGGGGGCUGCUGCGCAUGAAGCCGGCGAGCCGCAUGAGCUUCGACGAGUUCUUUGCCCAUCCAGCUCUGCAGCCAUCGGACAACGACGCCACCGAGCCAGCAGUUGGAGUCGAAGCAGAAGUCAGGCUCUCUAGCGUAGACAGCCCAAGGAUCCACGCUGCCGACAGAAGCAAAUCAGAGGACAUCAAUGCAGAACCCGUGACUGAUGGCUUUCACAGACGACAUACACUGCCAGACCUCACUACAGAAGACGCUCUAGCCGGCGCCCUGCAUGCAAUGGAGCUGCAGAGUGAGAAAGCGCGCUUUGAGAGCCACACAGCAACCACAACAUACCCGCCGCAGCAGCAGCAGCAGCAACACCAACAGCGUAGGACCAGCAGUCUGGCCGAGGAUGAGCAGGCCUUGGCAGAGCGAGAAUAUGUGGUCAUCGAGAAACGCGCAGUCGAAAUGAACGUGCUCGCAGACGCCCUCGAGUCCUCGCCGCGUACGCCCGUUGCUUUCUACCCGCCUCGGCCCAACGCCAUGCAGCAGGCGCCUGGUGUGGCUCGCCAGAUGACAGCUCUGGCACGCGCCAUCCACAAUGCUGUGUCGUCGCAGUACCAGAUUUCCCGCGAAGCUGCUGUUGGUCCACUCGACAGCCAGGCAGCCAGUGAGAGACAGCGCGGCGGAAUACUAGGGAAUGCGGCUCGGCACGGGGUGUUUAACCCGCUGGAUGCUGAGCUGGCUGAGACAUUCGAGUCUAGGCAUAGUCAUGGCACGCAGGCGGAAGAGCCGGUGAUUCGCCGCAUGGAGGGCCUGGCGUACCGCGCUUUCGCUAUGAGCUAUCUGGCCGACCUGAAGUGGAACCAGCUGCCGGUCGCCGCCAGCCCGGGCCGUCACACGCAGCAGAAGCAGCAGCAGCCGAGGGACCCCCUUGCUGACCCUGAGACUGGGUUCCUGGCCGCCAGCACCCUGACCAUCGAGGAUGCCUUCGUUCUGUAUCUGAAAGCACUCUCGCUACUGCACUGUGCCAUGGUCGAGGCCAGCCGCCACUGGGCCAGCCUGCAGGGCGACGUGACUGCCUCCUCCGUUGUGGUCUCGUCCGCCUUCAACUCGAGCGUGCAGUGGGUGCGCAACAAAUUCAACGCGUGCUUGGAACGCGCAGAGUCGCUGAAGCAGUUCGCCAAUGGCCACGUUAUUCUGGACGACCCGACGCAGGUGUCGAUUGUCCAGGUGCUGUACGAGCAGGCACUGGCACUCAGCAAGGCUGCCGCAGUGAGGGAAUUGAAGUGGAUUGACCCGCUGGACUGCGACAGAGCGUACCAGCUGGCUAUCUGGAUGCUGUCGGCCAUUUUGGAGUCGGGCAGCACGUCGCCCAGUGCCAGCCAGCAGCACCGGGGCCGCGAGGCGGGGGCGGAGGAGGAGGAUGACGAGGAGAUGGAUCCUGAGGACCGCACCCUCAUCGAGCAGUUCAUUGCCUCGAUUGUCAAGCGUCGGGAGGCACUGCAGCGCCGGCUGAUGGCCAUGCAGGACGGUGGCAACGGCGGCCUUGGUGCUGCAUAAACAUCGCUAGCCUGUUGC